ACCCCCCCCCCCCCCCCCCCCCCGCCGCCGCUUCCUCCUCCGGCGAUCGAUUCCAUUAAAGUUUAUAGAUGGCCAGUGGUCCACCGCCAUUCUCCGAUAUUGGAAAGAAAGCUAAAGAUCUUUUGACAAAGGACUAUAACUUCGAUCACAAAUUUAUUUUGACAACAUUAAGUAAUGCCGGACUGGCGAUUACAGCCACUGGAAUGAAAUUGAAUGAACUAUUCCUUGGUGAUGUAGGAACACAGUACAAGAGUGGUAGAACUACAGUUGAUGUCAAAGUCAAUACCAAUUCAAAUGUAUCAACUACAGUUACUGUUAACGAGAUUGUCAGUGGCAUGAAGGCCUCACUCAGUUUCAAAAUACCAGAUCAGAAGUCUGGAAAGCUUGAUGUGCACUACCUCAACAACCAUGCGGCUGUUAGCUCUAGCAUUGGUUUGACACCUGCCCCUUUGUUGGAGUUCUCAACAGCACUAGGCACCAAGGAACUUAGCUUUGGUGCCGAGAUUGGGUUUGAUAGUGCUUCUGCGUGUUUCACUAAAUACAAUGCGGGGGUUGGCUUGAAUAAACCUGACUUCUCUGCUGCCCUAAUGCUGGCUGACAAAGGAGAAAGCUUGAAAGCUUCUUACAUUCACUUGGUGGAUCCAAUCAGUGGGCAUGCUGUAGCUGCUGAAAUGGUCCACAGGUUUAAAUCAUCGGAGAACAGCUUUACCUUUGGAAGCUCCCACAACCUCGAUCCUCUGACAAUGGUGAAAACAAGGUUUAGUGACAAUGGAAAGGUUGCAGUCCUCUGCCAACAUCAAUGGAGGCCCAAAUCUCUGGUAACCGUCUCUGCUGAGUAUGAUCCCAAAGCAGUGACUUCACCCUCAAGGGUUGGGGUUGCAUUGGCUCUCAAACCUUGAAGAGAGAUUAGGCUCUCGUUGCUCUAAAGAGCAUAUAUUUUUGUGUCUUCAAUCUCAAUUGUAACUUUUACUCUCUUUCAAACUGGUGAAGUUAGUCCUUCAUGUUUUUUAACUAUAUAUGGGGGGGGGUUCAUCGUAACUUUAUUUGGUGCACAUGGUUCAGUAUCCAAACUGUAAUUUGAUGAGAAUUCAUCACAAUGAAAAGGUUGUAUUACUUUGUUUCUUUUA